GCAGAAGCUAACGGAACUUUGGCUUUGUAUUACAAAGAUCAUAAGGAUGAGUAUAUGUGCUUGAACCGUUAUAACACGAUCGUAGUAAAUAGGGCAAGCGCAUACGUAGAACAUGCAGCUGAAUGGACAAGAGGAUUAAAAAGGUAUCGUAAUGUUAAUCUUUCUAUGUCUGAGUCUAUUUCAUUACUGACUAAUAUUAUUAUUGAGAGAGAACUUAAGUUAAUUGCCGAAGAUAAAAAUGAUCAAUUAAGUUUCUUCUUUAACGAAAUUGAAGAAAUAGCUUGUUUGAAGAAAAAAAACGAAGCUGAGCGAAGGGCUCUUGAACGAUCUCUGGUAUAUCAGUGUUAUUUAAUGUACUGGAAUCAGUGUAUGGCUAUACCACUUUGGAAUUUGAAAGACGAGCCAACAGCAAGCGAUGAUAAUCUUUCGUGGGUAGAUUGUAUUAAUAUCUUGAUGAAACUUUUAUAUGAUAGAGAGAAAAAUAUACAGGAGCCAGUUAUCUAUAGCUUUAAACAGCUGCGAAGAGAAAUAGUAGCUAAGGAUUUUAGGCUAAGUAGUUUUUUUGAUUCAAUCUAUAAUGCAUCUCUUCCCGAAAAUAGAAGUA